AUGAUUAUUUUCAAGGAUCUAAUUUCUGGCGACGAAUUGUUGUCUGACGCUUACGACAUUAAGUUGGUUGACGAAGUAAUUUACGAAGCGGACUGUGCCAUGGUUAAGGUUGGUGGUGACAACAUUGAUAUCGGUGCCAACCCUUCUGCUGAAAAUGGUGAUGAAGAUGUUGACGACGGUACUGAAACUGUCAACAAUGUUGUUCAUUCUUUCCGCUUGCAACAAACUGCCUUUGACAAGAAGUCAUUUUUGACUUACAUCAAGGGUUAUAUGAAGGAGAUAAAAACCAGACUACAGGAAACCAACCCGGAUGCGAUCUCCACUUUUGAAAAGGGUGCUCAAACCUAUGUCAAGAAGGUUAUUGGUUCUUUCAAGGAUUGGGAGUUCUUCACCGGUGAGUCCAUGGACCCAGAGGCUAUGUUGGUUUUGAUGAACUACCGUGAGGAUGGUGUGACUCCAUUCGUUGCUGUGUGGAAGCAUGGUGUUAAGGAAGAGAAGAUUUAA